UACACGACGCCACACACACAGAGAGAGAGAAGAGUGAACGAGGCCUCUAUGUCCUCUCCCUUCCGCCCUGUGUGUGCCCUACCGUCUUGUUGGCGUGUGUGUUGAUGUCAGCACUGGUGAGCAUGAGGGGCAGCGUGCAGUAGCGGCACUGGCUGGCCCACUGCAGGGUCUCCCCCGUCUCUUUCCACUUCCGCCGCGCUCCUGGCUCCUCGGCUAUGCACGCCGCCGCCAUGAGGUCGCUCACACACAGCGAUGGGUCGAACCGCAGCAGCUGCAGCUGUGGGGUGUUGAUGCCGUCGCCAUCACGGCUCAGUGAGUGGUCCAGUCGGCUGCGCAGCUGGUCUGACGAGAAGGCGUCUCUGAUGUCUCGUGCGGCUGCCCUCAGCUGCAGUGUGGUGCUGAUGUCGGGGAUGCGGCAGCGGUCUUCGGCGAAGAGGUGGGCGAGGGGGUGCUCCUGGCUGCCCCCCUGCAGACCGCACACACACGUAACAAUGCAGAUCGUUACACACACAAGGCACAUCUGGUACAUGGCGGUCGGUUGUGUCAUACCCACCUGACAAUGCUGCUGCUGCUCUUGUUGUGCGUGGCUGCGGGUCGAUGCGACGCCGUGGCGGUCGGGCGAGGCGAACAACUCGUCUACUGCAUCGGUCACUACCUGCAUGCACACCACACAAACGACGCACAACGACAUCAACACGGCGCUCUGUUGGCGAUUCUACUGGUCUUCUGCCAUGCUCACCCCUUUGGUGGUGUGUGUGUCGCCCCACAUGAGCCGCUGCAUCCUCAACGUCGUCAUGCUCGACUGCAGCGCCGACUCCCUAACCGAACUCUCAGCCACAAGGGCCGCACUCUGACAAUGAACAAUCGGACAAACAAAGCCACACAGGCCAUAGACACAUCAGGACAUGUGUGGCUUUGGCUCACCCAAAUGCGGCCCGCUAUCUGCUUCUGGUUGGUCUUGCGUGUGAUGUAGACGGCCGUGGCGGCCAGCAGACGGACAUCGCACCCGCCCAAAUCGAUGUCAUACAGCGACAAGAACUGCACACACCAGAAAGGCACAGACAGAGAGGGAUAAGUCAUUCGAUGGCUGGAGGUGUCUGUGUGUGGCUGGCGGACCCACUGACCAUGAGGUAUUUGGCGAAUGAGAACAGGCGGCCGUGGGUGUCCAUGCCGGCAGCGGUGAAUAGCUUCUCUACACACCCAAUGCCGCACACAGAACUAUCAGCCACCGCACGACCCACCACCUGCACACACAGAGCCAGACAGACAGACAGACAGACAGACAGGCAGGCAGGCAGGUCGGCGCUGCACAGGUGUGUGUCUGUGUCUGUGUUUCAAUGCCUGUGUGUGUGUGGGGUCAUCCGGCAUGUCGUCCAUCAGCAGGUGUGGCUCCAGCCGCUCGACGCAGGCGGCCACACACGCAUCUGCUACCUGUGUGUCAGCAGCCAGCCAAGUGACACACACAUCCCAUGAGUCCUCACUGUCUGUCAUUCAGAUCUCUUUGCCUGUGUGGCGUUGUUCGGGUCGAUGAGUCUGUCUGCGUGGCAGACGUCCAGCAGCCGCACCGCCCGCAUGACGGUCGCGUCGCGGCAGCCCAUCGACGCUGCUCUCUUGACCAUGCCGUCCACCAACACGGCUGCAACACAUCACAGACAUCACAGCACACCUUUGAGGGCAUCUGUUGUCUGUUGUGUGUGGGAGUCGGGCGUACCUCUCUGCUGCGGCCAUUUCAU